CUUCAUACCCGCCGCCGCAACACAGCAAGAGGAGCAAGUGUAGCCGUCAAGCGAUUGUCGGUCAAACUCUGUCUUUGUACCACUGUGUCACUUCGCUGUUUAGUGUGCAUAGUUAACCUGUGGCUUGCAUAUUGUGAUAUUGAUAGAAGGAGCUGAUCGUCAAACGCAGAGUUUGUGGACCGGCGACAUGGGCUGCCUGCAAAGCAAAGAGGAUAGAGCCAGCAAGUAUGCGGUAUCAGGAGGUGCUGAUGACGUUGCAAAGUCUCCGACAAAGGCCGCUGGCGGCAGCACCGCGGCCGCGGCCUCCAAGCCCACUGGCGGCAUCGCCAACCUGCCCCGCCCCAAGCUGGAUCCUAAGGAUUUCCGGUUCGUGGAGCUGAAGGGCGAGGCCAAGGUCAAGCCGCCGGGCUCCAUCAACGGGCAGGCCUUCACCAUCGACAACUGCCACGAUUGCGACCUGUACGUGGUGGACGCGUGCGGCCAGGUCACCAUCGACGACUGCAAGAACUGCCGCAUCUUCGUGGGUCCCACCGACGGCGCAGUGUUCAUUCGCAACAGCAGCAACUGCACUUUGGUGGCCGUGUGCCGCCAGCUCAGGACGCGCGACUGCAACAACUGCCGGCUGGCGCUGUACUGCCGCACGCGGCCCAUCGUGGAGUCCUCCAGCAACAUGCAAUUCACGUGCUUUGACAUGAGCUACCCUCAGCUAGCAGACCACAUGAAGCACUCCAAGCUCAGCGCCUUCCACAACUUCUGGUGGCACAUCUAUGACUUCACGCCCAAGGACGGCAACUGGGACCUGUUGCCGGCCGGCAGCACCGCCGCCAGCCUGCUGCAGCCCAUCCCGCAGGAGCCGGCGGACGUGCUGGCCGGCAAGCCGCCCGCGCCUGCGGCGGCGCCUGAGGGCGGUGAGCAGCAGCAGCCGGAGCCCGCACCGGCGUCGGAGCCAGCGGCAGCACCGGCGCCAUCCGGACCGUCGCCUGUGCUGCUCACGUGUGGCGGGCGGGCGGGUCGGCCCGCCGGCAGCUACAUGUUUGCGAUGUUCGAGGGCGGCAAGCAGGACGCGGCGAUGCAGCUGGCGCGAGCGGCGGCCGAGCAGGGCUGGCUGCUGCACACCAACGAGGCCAAGCUGAACGGCGAGGCGGCGGGGCAGCUGGUGGCCGAGGCGGGCUGGGCCAAGUCCGCAGCCAAGGCGCUGUCGGCAGCCGGGACUGCGGCUGUGGGCCUGGAGCUUGUGGUGCCGGAGGCGGAGGCGGAGUCCUUCAAGAAGCGCCUGGCGGAGGCGGGCGGCCUGGUCAGCGCCAGCGAGGGCCCCGGCAAGGCCUUCCGCACCAUGGGCGUGGAUGGGUAGCGCACGUGGGUUGGGGGGCGCCGACGUUUGAGUGAGGAGGCCGGCGGGCGGAGGCGGCGGGCGGGGGCGGCAGGCGGAGGCGAGCCGCGGUGGGGGGAAUGCUGCGUAUCAAGAGGAAUCUGGAGGAGAGUAUCAAGUGCGGGGGCAGCUGCUGGCCAGGCUUUCAGGGCGGGGCCGGGGGCUCCGGGCAGAGUUCGGUUGCCGGGGAAUGGGCGGAGUUGUAUGGGUGGACAUGGACACAUGUUGGGCGACGUCUGCGCGGGUGUCGCUGCACAGCGGUCGGUGGUGAGGGGCAUGCAGGGUGUUAGCUGAGGGGGGGGGGGUGGCGUUGCGGUGCUGUUCCUGGAAGAGACAUGUUCACUUGCUUGCGCCUGUUCUGAGUGCACUUGGGUAACGCAAUGUGUGCGUCCUCCAUGGUCCUCUGUCCUCGUCCCCGUGAAGCAAGUAGACCCCACAGGGAUGCCGUGAAGUUAGCGCUUGACUAGGCAUGGCCGCUGCAGUCGCAAGGUGUUGUCCCGCUGUCGCUAGUCCUGGCCCGCUUGCUGUGAUGCUCGCUACUACACAACAAAGGCAAGGGUUGUCAGCUUUGUUCAGCUGGAAAGGGGCUGAGUCCCGCAGUAUCAGGGAGGACUGACUGUAAAUCGGUACACGUGCGAUGGCCCCACGUCUAUCCCCAUUUGGGGGCCAGGCACGGGCUCGGGCCACCAACACUGGGGCCCCAGUACAAGGCAUGGCCACGGCGGUGUGCAUAUUUCACACACCAUCAAACCACGGACAGGGUCACAGGGUGUCACAGGGUGUUCCUGGGGGGUGUCGUGUGAUGUCGCUGUGCUUGAGCUUGGCACUGAAUUUGAAUGACAACCUGUGAUAGUUUCUUUGAUAUACUUAGGGCCCAGCGUACUUUUGUUCACCAAAUGCAAAACUGCGAGCGCUACUCGCACAGCUGCUGCAAGGAAUGCAGAUGCCAGGACCGCGCUUGACUCAAGUACAUAAUAAAACCACGUAUAUCAUGUUUGCAUAGCUGAUUGGGGUUCGACCAGCUAUCUAGGCAGGCUGUGUGGGGUCGUGUUGGGUUGCAGCGAUGGCCACACGCUCAGAUCCGCAGUACGAAUGAGAGAGCGCUAGGUAUAGUGCGGUUUCGAGGGGUUCCUAGGUGUUCAAUCUUGCAUUCCUUCAGGCUGUAGGGUUGGGAAGUGCUCAGGCAAAGUGAGCCGGUAGUGUCUUGGUGUACGUGCGGCAUGCCACGCUGGGCAGGGGAACGGGUCAGGUUAGGAUGCAAAAACUUAGAUACUGGACAAAGACAAGACAAGACAAGACAAGAAAAGG